UGUGUGCUCCUCUAACGGUCUUCUCUGUGUGUUUCAGGUGGCUGUGUAUGGAAGAUGGCCAGACGUUCAGACCGGACUCCGUGGAUGAGAACCGUCAGGGCUCCUGUGUUGUGCACUCUGGGCGCAGUACUGCUGUGCUGCCUGCAGGCCGGCGCCACCACUGACGAGGCGCCCAUGUUCUCUGAGGAGCCCCAGUCGGUGGUGCAGAAGCUAGGGGGCAGCGUGACUCUGCGCUGUAGCGCCCGCCCCGCCUCCGCCAACAUCAGCUGGCGCCUGGACGCCGCGAGGUUGGGGGGCGACGGGGAUGCGGGGGUGGUCCUGGAGCCCGGGACCCUGCUCAUCCCCGCCCUGUCCAACCGCACCGUGGGCCGGUACCAGUGUGUGGCCACGACCGCCGCCGGGGCCCUGGCUAGCAUCCCCGCUAACGUCACCGCCGCAAAGCUGCGGGACUUUGAGCCGGACGCCCACCAGGACAUCGAGGUGGACGAGGGCAACACAGCCGUCAUCCAGUGCCACCUACCUGAGAGCCAGCCCAAGGCCCUGGUCCGCUACAGCGUCAAGCAGGAGUGGCUGGAGACGUCCAAGGGGAACUACCUCAUCAUGCCGUCGGGGAACCUGCAGAUCGCCAACGCCACGGAGGACGACGCCGGGCCCUACAAGUGCGCCGCCUACAACCCCGUCACCCAGGAGGUCAAGACCUCGGCGUCGGCCGACCGCCUCCGCAUCCGCCGCGCCACCCCGGAGGCGGCCCGCAUCACCUACCCCCCCGCGUCGCGCUCCAUCAUUGUGACCAAGGGCCAGCGGCUGGUGCUGGAGUGUGUGGCCAGUGGCGUCCCGGCUCCGCUGGUCACCUGGGCCAAGGACGGCCAAGACCUGCGUCGCCAUAACAACACACGCUUCCUGCUCAGCAACCUGCUGAUCGACGCGGCCGGCGAGGGCGACUCGGGCACCUACGUGUGCCGCGCCCACAACGGCAUGGGCUCGCCGCAGCAGGCCGCCGUGCUGUACCACGUGCAGGUGUUCGAGCCCCCCCAGGUGACGUUGGAGCUGCAGCAGGAGCAGGACGAGGUGUCCUGGGGCGAGACGGUGCGCUUCAGCUGCCAGGCGCGGGGCAAGCCGGCGCCCGCCGUGGUGUGGCUGCACAACGCCCGGCCCCUGGCCCCGUCGCCACGGCACCGCGUCACGGCCCGCGCCCUGCGAGUCCUCAACGUGGGCCCCCAGGACCAGGGCCUCUACCAGUGCAUGGCCGAAAACGGCGUGGGCAGCGCACAGGCCUCCGCCCGCCUGGUCACCGUGCCGACGGGGAGCCCGUCGCGCCUCAAGCCGCCCCCUGUCCUGCGGCCGCUGAGCCCCGACAAGGUGCUGCGGGAGCAGGCCCCCAGGCCGGGGGGCCCGGGGCCCCUGCUGCCCCUGGACUGCUCUGAGCUGCCCGGGCACAUCUCCCCGGCGGAGGCCCCCAUCAUCCUGAGCCAGCCCCGCACGGGGAAGGCCGACUUCUACGAGCUGACGUGGCGGCCGCGGGGGGACGGGGGGGCGCCCGUCCUGGAGUACACGGUCAAGUACCGGAAGCUGGGCGAAACCCAGGGUGAGUGGACCUCCAGCCGUAUCUCGGGCUCGCUCCACAAGCUGACGCUGGCCAAGCUGCAGCCCGACAGCCUAUACGAGGUGGAGAUGGCCGCCAAGAACUGUGCUGGCCUGGGCCAGCCCGCCAUGAUGACCUUCAGGACCGGCCGAGGCCGCAGGGUUCCAGGGGGUCAAAACGACCCACCAAAGACCCCUGCCGUCCCCUCACCCAGCCUCUCCCCCCCCGAGGCCCCGGACAAGCCCACCAUCUCCACGGCGACGGAGACAUCGGCAUUCGUGACGUGGAUCCCGCGCGGUAACCGGGGCUUCCCCAUCAUAUCGUUCCGGGUGGAGUACAAGAAGGUGAAGAAGGCGGGGGAGGACUGGGUCACCGCCGUGGCCAAAAUCCCGCCCACACUCCUCUCCGUGGAGAUCGCCGCCCUGGAGAAAGGUACGUCCUAUAAGUUCCGCGUGGUAGCGGUGAACGUGAUUGGCUGCAGCCCCCCCAGUGCUCCGUCGAAGGCCUACACAGUGGUGGGGGGGCGGACCAACGAGAGGCCCGUGGACGGACCCUACAUCACCUACAACGAGGCCAUCAACGAGACCGCCAUCAUCCUCAAGUGGAAGUACGUCUCGGUGAACAACACGCCCAUCUACGGCUUCAACAUCUUCUACCGGCCCACGGACAGUGACAACGACAGUGACUACAAGAAGGACGUAGUGGAGGGCGAUCGCUACUGGCACUCCAUCACCGACCUGCAGCCUGAGACCGCCUACGACAUCAAGAUGCAGUGCUUCAACGAGGGCGGGGACAGCGAGUUCGGCAACGUGGUCAUCCUGGAGACCAAAGCUCGCCCUCACCACCAGCGCCCCCUCCCAUCAGAGACUCCUCACCACGGCCCUUCAGGUGGGGCGGUGCCGCGCCCCAACGACCUGCCCUACCUCAUAGUGGGUGGGGUCCUGGGCGCCUUCGUCUUCAUCAUCGUGGCCUUCAUUCCCUUCUGCCUGUGGAGGACAUGGGCCAAGCAGAAGCAAACGUCGGACCUGGGCUUCCUGGUCGUAGCGCCAGCGGUGUCCUCCUGCCAGUACACCAUGGUCCCGCUGCAGGGGCGGCCCCUGGUGCCGGGGCACUGCCCCCUGGACCCCCACAGUGCCCCCCCCCACCAUCACACCAGCUGCCUCUCCAAUGGAGAGUACAUCCCCAACAGAGGGUACACCCCCAACGGCAAACCACACUGCCUCCCGGGGUUCCAGCAGGAGGAGAGGGACGGGGAUAUGGAGUGUGACACGCUGCUGCCACACCACAUGUCCAACGGACACCUGCCCGCAUACCACUGCACCACCAGUGCCCCUGAGCACCACAGAGAGGAUUUCUGCCCCUCCGACGACUCCGCCCUUCAGCUUCUCCACCCUUCCCAUCAGCCAAUCAGCGUACAGGAUAUAGAGGAUGACGCACACUUUUAUGGGGAUAACGAACCAGAGGAGCGCUUCACUAAAGACUCGUCCUUCCCUCACUUGGCCCUCGAAGACGAAGGAAACUUCACGGCAUCCUCCUCAGCGGCCACCACGCCGCAGUCCCAGAAUGCAUCGCUGGAGGAGGUAGACAUGGUCCCCAGCGAGAGGGGGGCCCUCGGCGAGGGGGGGGCCCUAGGCGAGGGGGCCUUGGACGCCGAAGGGACGAGCGACUCAGCAGACGCAUGAGAAGAGAGAGAAUGACCCGAUAUUUAUUUUUGUAUCACGGAUAUUUAUAUAUUUAUGCAUUUUGUACAUAAAUAUGUUAGUAUUACCUGUACAUAUGUUUUAUUUUCAUAUUGAAAAGGAUUCUUUAUACAAGCUUCCUCAAAUGAUUGAGAUAUUAUUAAUUUUUCCCCUUGGUUCAGUGGGCCAUAGGAAUAUAUGUAUAUGGUGUAGGUAUAUUUAUAUAUAUAUGGUGUAGGUAUAUAUAUAUAUAUAUAUAUAUAUAUAUAUAUAUGGUGCAGGUACUGUAUUUAUAUAUAUGGCGUAGGUAUAUAUAUAUAUAUGGUGUAGGUAAUCUAUAUAUAUAUAUGGCUUAGGUGUAUAUAUAUAUAUAUAUGGUCCCCAGUAUUCAGCGCUCACAGGAUUCCGGCUCCACAUCAUUCCUAAACAUUUCACUGCAGACAGUAUGACUCAGAGGACGUGAACACUGAGCUCUCCUCACGCUGUAGUCCUGCAGAGUCAGAGGACGUGAACACUGAGCUCUCCUCACGCUGUAGUCCUGCAGAGUCAGAGGACGUGAACACUGAGCUCUCCUCACGCUGUAGUCCUGCAGAGUCAGAGGACGUGAACACUGAGCUCUCCUCACGCUGUAGUCCUGCAGAGUCAGAGGACGUGAACACUGAGCUCUCCUCACGCUGUAGUCCUGCAGAGUCAGAGGACGUGAACACUGAGCUCUCCUCACGCUGUAGUCCUGCAGAGUCAGAGGACGUGAACACUGAGCUCUCCUCACGCUGUAGUCCUGCAGAGUCAGAGGACGUGAACACUGAGCUCUCCUCACGCUGUAGUCCUGCAGAGUCAGAGGACGUGAACACUGAGCUCUCCUCAUGCUGUAAGUCCUUCAGACUCUCUGUGUAGAAAUAACACAAAUGUAUCGAGUGUCGUGCGGCAUUAACAAAACUUGUAACAUGUGUAUGCAAAAUGAACAAGCGUCACGUUCCAGUAGUCUAGUGUUCACAGAGAUUCUAUAUAUUGUAUAGUUAUUUAUUUUUAGCAUUAUGAGUCAUUUUUUUUACUUUUAGCAUCACUUAAUGGGAGAGAUUCUGGAAAUUGACAUUUUUACAGUCGUUCAUAAGCUGAAGUGGGGGCUGUCCUGAAGCAUUGUUUACUGCUGGUCCCCAAACGCCCGCCGGAAGGGGAGCUCUGGCAAUGUGUGAGGGCAAAGCCUCCCUGGAAAUGGCGGUAAAAAUAAGUAUUUGCCUCUGCCUGAGGUCAGCGGACCCCCAGAUGAAGGAGACCCCUAGUCUACAUCCCUCACGAGUCUAGCCAUUGCCAUGGUUACGCAUGCUGGAGCACUAUUGCAUGUAAAUAAAGCUUAUCAAAAUA